AUGGGCGAUAUGAAAACCCCGGACUUUGACGACCUGCUUGCGGCCUUUGAUAUCCCUGACAUGGUUGACCCAAAGGCAGCCAUUGAAUCAGGACAUGAUGACCACGAGGGACAGCUAAAGCACAACGCCCACCAUGAUGAUGAUAACCAGAUGCCCGCUACCCCUGAUGUUGGAGUCAGUGUUAUUGUCAAAAAUGUCCGAAAUGUUGACCCUUGUGAGCACCCACUCUCAGACAAAGAUGUACGUCCUUCAGUCGGCAACGGCCUGCAAAAUGGUUUUCUGGGCAUGUGCUCAAGUGAUCGGUAUAGCAAAGAGGGUGGGAAGCCCUUGAAGACAGACAGCAAUGGCCCUCCAGCCAGCAACCCCUCCUUCAACCAGUUCAGCCCCAUCUCCAGUGCUGAGGAGUUUGAUGAUGAUGAUAAAAUUGAAGUGGAUGACCCAGCAGACAGACAGAACAACAUUCCAUGCUUUAGGCCAAACCCCUUAACUGGGCUCAUUGGAGAUGGUGUUUCAAAACCAGGUUCUAAUGUAGAAUUUGUGAGUUCCAAACUUGAAAAUGGCAACAGUAGCAACAAUUCCUCAGCUUCACACUCUCAGAACCCUCCUAAGCCAAGAAAAUCAGAGGAGCAGUCACAGGUGGUUGGUCCAAAGCCCUCAGACAUUAAAGAAGCAUCAGAACCUCUAAGUGUAUCCAAUCUCUCCCAAGCCAAAGCUAAAUCGUCGGCUAAACUCUCAUCUUGUAUUGCAGCAAUUGCAGCUCUCAGUGCAAAGAAAGCCUCCUCAGAUUCUACUGUUCCAGACUCCCCUACUGCCCUGCAAGAUUCCACCAGGGAAACCAAGGACAGUCCCAAAACCCCAGAGAAGCCCCAGGAGCAGGAGUCAGCUCUAGAGGUAGCCAAGAAGAUGCUCUCCAAACAGCCUGAAAGUCCCUGCAGUGUCACUAGUGAGGGCAGCAGUAAAGGGUCCCCUUCAUCCCCUGCAGGGUCGAUUCCUGUUAUCCCAAAGGUCCGAAUCAAAACCAUCAAGACAUCAUCAGGUCAGAUCAAGAGAACAGUCACCCGAGUGUUGCCAGAGUUUGACCCUGAUGGCCUGAAGAGAGCAACGGACACAAUUGUGGUCUCCAGUUUGACCUCUCCAACUUCCAAUGCAGUGUUUUCAUCUCCAACUCGGGCAGCAUUACCUACCACAGUCAUGGCCACUUCAGGCGGCUCAACCAUGGAGGUCACCAAGCAGAUGACCAUCAAACCUGUGGCCACAGCAUUCCUGCCAGUAUCAGCAGUCAAAACGGCUGGCUCUCAGGUAAUCAACCUGAAGCUGGCUAACAACACCACAGUGAAAGCCACUGUCAUCCCUGCUGCCUCAAUGCAGAGUGCCAGCAGUGCCAUCUUGAAAGCUGCCAAUGCCAUCCAGCAGCAGACGGUGAUGGUGCCUGCCUCCAGCCUGGCAAAUGCCAAACUUGUGCCAAAGACAGUCCACCUCACCAACCUCAACCUUCUCCCAAAGGCCUCUGCCACCCCCUCUGAGCUUCACCAGGUCCUCUCCAAGCCCCAGCAGCCCAUCAAGCAGGCCAUGGUGGUGAGCCAGCCAAAGAAGGUUUCUCGGGUGCAGGUUCUGGCCAGUUCUCAGAGUUCAGUUGUGGAAGCAUUCAACAAAGUGCUGAGCAGCAUCAACCCAGUACCGGUGUACGUUCCCAAUCUCAGCCCUCCCUCGGCUGCCUGUAUAUCCAUUCCAUCGCGGGGCUACAAGUGCCUCGAGUGUGGUGACUCCUUUGCACUGGAGAAGAGCCUGACUCAACACUACGAAAGGCGUAGCGUGCGUAUCGAGGUCACCUGCAACCACUGCACCAGGAACUUGGUGUUCUACAACAAGUGCAGUCUGCUGUCCCACGCCCGGGGACACAAGGACAAGGGUGUAGUGAUGCAGUGCUCCCACCUCAUCCUGAAGCCCAUCCCCGCCGAUCAGAUGAUCUCCUCCUCAUCGCCACCCUUCUCUGCUCCUUCGCUCUUUUCCACCAGCGUCUCAUCGGGCUCUCUUAGCUCCUCUGUAGGCAGUGUCCAGGGGAAGUCUACCAUGUUAGCCGUAAUAUCUGCCCCGUCCUCUGCUCCGCUUGUGGCUGCCAUGCCCCUUGAUGAGGAUGCUUCCAGACUUUGCAGACACAACCUCAAAUGUCUGGAGUGCAGUGAGAUGUUUCAAGAUGAGUCAGCACUAGCCAUGCACUACCAACAGGGAUCAGAGUCAAGUGGUCAGAAGACCUGCGCCAUCUGUCAAAUGCUGCUGCCCAACCACUGCAGUUUUGCCUCUCACCAGCGCAUCCACCAGCACAAGUCCCCGUACAUCUGUCCUGAGUGUGGAGCCAUUUGUCGUUCUGUGCACUUUCAGUCCCAUGUCACCAAGAACUGCCUUCACUACACCCGGAGAGUUGGCUACCGUUGUGUUCAUUGCAGCGUCAUCUUUGCAGAAAUAGCUGCUCUGAAGUCUCACAUUCAGGGCUCUCAUUGUGAGAUCUUCUAUAAAUGCCCCAUCUGCCCCAUGGCCUUCAAAUCUGCACCUGGCACUCACUCCCAUGCCUACACUCAACACCCAGGGGUGAAGAUCGGAGAGCCCAAGUUAAUCUACAAAUGUUCCAUGUGUGACACGGUGUUCACCCAGCAGACCCUCCUCUACACCCACUUCGACCAGCACCUGGCCACUCAGAAGGUGUCUGUGUUCAAGUGCCCAGACUGCUCCAUGCACUAUGCGCAGAAGCAGCUCAUGCUGGACCACAUAAAGUCCUUACAUGGCACUUUAAAGACCAUUGAGGGGCCUCCAAACCUGGGAAUCAACCUGCCACUGAGCACCAAGGCCACCAACUCCAUGGGCCCCAACGGCAACAACAGAGAGCUGGGCUCCUUCAAUGGUGUGGAGAAGGGAGACAAGAAGCCCGUGUCCCCACUGAAGAAGAGCAGCAACGGCCCAGAGAGCCCAAAGAAGCCCCAGAACCCUGGAUGGACCUGCCACGACUGCAACCGCCUCUUCACCCAGAGAGAGGUCUACAUCGCCCACGUCAAGAGGGAACACGGCAAGCAACUGAAGAAGCAUCCGUGCCGGCUGUGUGACAAGUCCUUCAGCUCCUCCCACAGCCUGUGCCGACACAACCGCAUCAAACACAAAGGCCUGCGCAAGGUCUACACCUGCCCGCAUUGCCCAGAAGCCAGCCGCACCUUCACUAAACGGCUGAUGCUGGAAAAGCACGUCCAGCUCACGCACGACCUCAAAGCUGUAGAGGGGAAGCCAGCCGGAGACGGCGCCACCACUGAGGUCAACGCAGACAAGCUCCUGUCCCAGCCCAAGCAGCAGAGUGAGCAGGGGGAGGGGGAGCGGGGGCCGGACGGGGAGGGUCCGGCCGGUGGCGGCGGCGGCGAGGGCCCCGGGGGUCAGCCGCUGAAGAAGCUGAAGGUGAGCGUGUGCAAGGUGCACCGCUGCGGCGUGUGCAACUUCAGCACCGAGGACCUGCUGCGCUUCCACGAGCACAUCCCGCAGCACCGCUCCGACGGCUCCUCCUUCCAGUGCCGCGAGUGCGGCCUCUGCUACACCUCGCACCCCUCGCUGGCCCGGCACCUCUUCAUCGUGCACAAGCUCAAGGAGCCGGCGAGCCUGGGCCGGCACCGCGCCGCACCCGUGCAGCAGGAGGGCCCCGACGCGGCUGAGGGAGCGUCCGGCAGGUGCAAAGUGUGCGGGAGGACCUUCGAGACGGACGGCGCCCUGAACACACACAUGAGGACACACGGCAUGGCCUUCAUCCGCUCCAAGAGGCUGGGGGCAGCCGACAAGUGACUGGAGGUGCCCUCACCUGGACGUCCGAGGCCCAAGGCCCUUUGGUGACCUUUGAACCAGAAGCGACAAAAAGUGGAUGUUUGCCCAUCUCCCACGACCCCCAGAAAUGUACAUAUAACCAUGUAUAUGACAAAUGUAUAGAUAUAUCACACACAAAAAGGCCUUUGUGUGUUUAAAAAUAUGUAAUAUAUUUAAAAAGAAAACAGAUUUAUGUAUUUAAAUAGCUAAAAAAGCUUUUUUUACACUUUCAAUAUGUGUUUGUAUGGAUGUUGAGUAGAUCUUUUAUAGAGAGUUUUUAAUUUUUUCAUUCUCAUCCUGUAUUUUUUCGUACUGGUAGUGCUCCAUUUGUCACUGCUGCUAAGGUCCGCAGAAUGUUUAUGACAGACUCUCAGCACCUGCACAGGUGUGUUUUGCACACUGUGCAAGGACAAUCAGUCGGUUUCAAAGGGCCAGAGAGGAGAGGGAGAUGGCGUUUUUCUCUUGACCAUUCCUGAAGAAGUCCACUAGAGGUCAUGUUGAACUCCUGAAACCGGCAGUGAAUGGAUUGUUUUUCUUCCUCUAUCGACGCAGUACCCGUGAAAAGGUCUAAGUUGUGCGGAACUUCCACUGAGGCUAAUGUGAAUCUGUGUGUGCUCUUCAAGCUCACGACCCAUGCUGUGUAUUUUUAAGUUCUCUUUGUGUGUCUUGAUUCAUGUUCUCAGGCAAUCCUGUCAUACCACAACAGUU